AUUUCAUUUACCUUGUUGGUUUCGUUAAAGAUUCAGAUGCCUAACUUUGUAUUGAUCAUCAACAUCAAGCGUUAGUCGGCUUCCUUUGUGAUCUGCUUCAUGCUAAUCGUUCUUCUGAUCGGCGAGAAGCGAUGCCAGAAUGGAUUCUAAGGUGGAAUUAAGGUGUUUUGGGCAUGGGGGAUGCAUCCUUCAUUAGAGCCCACAUAAAUUUGGCUAUGGAUGAAGGCAGUGGCUGUUUUUUCUCCUACAUGGCAUCAAAUCUAACUGCAACUGUGGUUCUUAUCAUCACUGUUACUUUAAUCCUGAUUCGUGUUUUAUAUGUCAUAUACUGGUCUGGAAAACCUGUUCGCAGAACAUGCAGAAAAUCUUUGAGUACUCUGGUUGUUUUAGGUUCGGGGGGACAUACAGCUGAGAUGCUUAAUCUCUUAUUGGUGUUGCAAAAAGACAGGUUUAGUCCUAGGUUCUACAUUGCUGCUGCUACAGAUAAUAUGAGUCUGCAAAAAGCUCGCGUGUUUGAGAGCUCUUUGGAUGAUACGACAGGGAAACAUGGGGUUGCCAUGCAGUUCGUGCAGAUAUAUAGAAGCAGGGAAGUUGGUCAGUCAUACAUCACUUCUGUCUGGACAACUUCAGUCGCUACGGCUCAUGCAUUGUGGCUAAUGAUAAAGACGAGACCGCAAGUGCUUCUCUGCAAUGGCCCUGGGACUUGUAUUCCCUUAUGCAUAAUUGCAUUCGUUUUCAAGGCGAUGGGAAUUAGAUGGUCAUAUAUAUUUUAUGUUGAGAGUAUAGCUAGAGUGAGGAGGCUCUCAUUAAGCGGUUUGAUUCUCUACAAGUUGCGCAUAGCUGACGAGUUGUUUGUUCAGUGGCCACAACUGCAGAAAAAGUAUCCUCGCGCCCAGUAUGUUGGACGUCUUAUGUAGUCGAUAGAACUCUGCUCCUCAUUGAUACUCGCUUAAA